AUGUUGUCGAAGAGACAAGGUGUACAUUCUACGUUCAGUAUGAAUGCUGCAGGGUUCUAUUACACAGGCCACGCAGAUACAGUCCGUUGUGAUACGUGUGGUUUGGAAGUAUCUGAGUGGACCUUGGAUAUGAGACCAUUCACAAUUCAUUCACAACGUAGUCCAACAUGUGAUUUCGUACGUUCGAUAAAACCUGAAGGAACCAUUUCGGCUGCUUCAAUACUUAAUUUUAUUUCAACUAUUUCAACAUCGGAUGAUGAUGAUGAAAAAUCUUCUAAGAGACAGAAAACAGAUGUACAACAAGAUGAUUUUCAGUUGAAUGUACUUGUAGAAGUAAGUUUGUUAAAACAAAUACGAAAAAGAACAUUUUCACAUUGGCCACUACGAACAUCACCCUCAAGUGCACAAAUGAUUCAAGCAGGAUUCUUUCACUGUAAUGUAGGUGAUCGUGUCAUAUGUUUGUAUUGUAACAUAGUUUGUCAACAAUGGACACCUAAUGGCGACGAUCCAUGGGAUGUUCAUAAAACAUUAUCACCCAAAUGUCCAUAUGUGAUUGCUAUGAUGAAACGUCAACAAACAGCAUCAAUUCAUAUUGUUAAUGAACAAAAUACAAGAGAGAAUACUGUUGGCGUAACAACUGAUGAUCCAUUUCGAUGUCAUGAAGUAGUUUAUACUGCUGCAUACAACACUGAUUAUAUUGAAAUCCCACGACGUUAUGCCACUUUUGCCACAUGGCUCAACGAAAAUACACCAUCAGUGGAUGAUUUAGUUCGGGCAGGAUUCUUUUAUUUAGGCACAGAAACAACAGUGACUUGUUUCUAUUGUAAUGGGUCAUUGCAGAAUUGGGGAAAAAAUGAUAAUCCAGUGAUUGAACAUGCUCGAUGGUUUCCUAAUUGUGCCUAUGCUAAACAACUGUGUGGUCCAGAAUUAUAUCGAAAAAUUCAAGAAUCGAAAAAAGCUCAACAAGCGAGAACUGAAGAGAACGGUGGGAACAAACAACUUGGCAGUAGCAACAAUGGUUCAGGAAAUCGAGGACAACUGAACGUUUCAGAUGAGAGUACAUUAUCAAGAUUUGUGGCGGCUCGACUUGAUUUACCAAUUUCACAAAGUUUACUCAAUGAUGACUUCAGCGAUGAUUGUGAUAUUCUAAUAGCAUGUAUGAUCUUACAAAACCAAAUUACAUAUAUUGGUGGGAAGAAGGAAAAUAUUAUUAUUCCACAUGAAGCAAUACAUAAAAUUCGUGAAAGAGAGCAAGCAGUGAUUCGUGCUCGUGAACAAGCUGCGUGCUCGUCAAGUCUAACGAAUUCAUCAAAUGAUACCAAUAUUGAAAUGACAACGUCAACGGAAUCUAUGACAAAUACCAUCAAGAUGACAACACCAAAAACUACUGAUCAACACGUGCAAAAUCUGAAACCAUCGGUAGUAGAUACUGUUCCGAAUGGUGAAGUAGAUAAUUCAUCAACAUUGAAUGCUUGUUUAUUAUGCAAAACUGAAGAAAAACGUUUGGCUUGCAUUCCCUGUGGUCAUCUAACCGUCUGUACCACUUGUGGUCGUUCUCUUCGAUUAUGUCCUCUAUGCCAUCGUGAAAUUGAAGCUUUUGUUCGUAUAUAUUUGUAG